CGGGCGGCAAGAAGCAGCCGUCCGAGCCUUCCAGCCAUCUGCAGAGCGCCUACGUCCGCUCCACGCACUGAGAAAGAAGCGUUGCGAGAAAUCGACUCUUCGAAGCUGUUGGACUUACGUUUUUGAUGAAAUUCGCCGUGUCUGUCUGGAAUGCGUUUCGGGUAUGGCUUUCCGCUAUUGAAGAGCUCCAGCUCUACUAUCACGUUAAAGGAUGUUCUCACUUGAGAGUGUACUGGAAGCUCUUCCGUUGUUUGAUGAAGAGGAGACAUCGCCGAAGUAUUCCAAAGGAGCGCGAAGGAAAGGCGACGGCUUCCGCUACGAAGAGAUGGUCAUCGCGCUGGUCUUCCUGCGCUGCCUCAGGAGGCGGCUGCCCGGCUUCGAGCUGACCUCCGACAACUGCUAUGCGGGCAGCUUUGACGACAUCGUCGUUACGUGGAGGGGAGACCGUCACAGUUACGCUUUGCUCGUGCAGCUGAAGCACAAAACGUCGACAGAAUACGAAAAGAUCAAAAAGGGCCACCUGUUUUCGACGAGUGUUAACAAUAAAUCCGAUUUCAACAUUUGGAAGUACCACAAAUCUUUCAGAAGCGUUAAAAAGAAUCUAAACGGCUGUCAGUACGCCCUGGUGCUCUCAACUAACGUCCCACUGCACGACAAUGCCUUGGGAUUCUUUACGGAGCGGCGGGCGAGCUCCGUCUUGGGGGCGGAUCUCCUCGAGGCCGGUGGCCGAGUUUAUGCGCUCGACACCAGAGCAGUUGCUAGGUGUGACCCCGAUUUCAUGGAACAUUUUUUCGUGUUCUGUAAUCAAAAGGGCGUCAACGAAAUAACGGACGACAUACACGCGGAGCUCGUACACCUACUGGGGCCUACGGACAGCUACGAGAGAUCGUGCGAAGAACUGUGCAGGUGUGUCAUGGAGUGGAAAGAUACGCCGAGCGAAGAGCAAGAGAGCCUUAAUGGUAGCUGGACCAAAUGGCUAGAUAUUGUUCGCCAGCACAGAGUGACCAAGAUCAGCGACUGCGAUCGUUUGACGACGAGGCUGAAGUUCCGCAGUGUGGAAGGUGUUCGCCAGUACGUGGAGAGUGCCAACCCCGCCUGCGUGAGACCUCUGUCGGCUGACACCAUGGCUCUGACAGUCACUAAGGUCCACCAGGCAAUACGCCCGGAAACGCACAUCAUGGUGAACGUCAAACGAUUCAGGGAGUCACAGUUGGGUGUUCUUCGAUGGUGGGGUCCCUCCUGCAGGUGGCUGGUUCUCGUAGACGAUGAUCAAGAGGAAAGAAGACAAUCCCUUAACUUGCGUAACAAGAUGAGAGUGCACCUAGAAGAUGGCCGUCGUCUGAUUGUUGUGUCAAUGAGAGAAGAGGCAUCUCUCCGGGACUCAUUCUGGUGUGGUGACGUCAGCGAUGAGAGCUGGGGCGAUCUCCUGCUUACAAAAAUCAGGCUCAAUGGGGCAAAGCGUAAAUGUCAGCUAGGCGAGCUUGUGUCCAGUACAGCAGAGCUCCAGAACCUGCUGAAACACAGGUUAUCCUGCUUGAUCGCACUCACAAGGAACUCAGGCUGUGUGAAGCUGGGCCAAACAUUCGAGCCCCUAUCAGAAAACUAUGUGCCAAGGCAGUUGGUUACACAACAGUACGUGAAGGACGAAUUCUUCUCAUCCCUGGCUGUGAGAGAUGUAUGUAUUGCAGAUAAUAGUACCUGUCGGAUACUUUUAGAGAAACUAGGCUACCUUAUGAAGAAUUACAAAGUGUGCACCUUUGGGGAAUUGGAGAAAUACCUUGCUUUGCACAUGUCAAUGCCCAUUUUGGCUAAAACUGAAAUUAUUGAUAUUAUCGGCCUUGAAAGGAUAUGCAGAAAAUACAAAGGGCUACAUAUGUUUGCAGUAAAGCACACUGAACGUGGGUGGAAUGUACAGUACUUCCUUGCUGGAAGUGAUAGGAUCCGACACUAUGUCAGAGAGCAGACAGUACAGCUCUUGGAAGCACUGGAUGCUUUCAAUAACAAGAUAAUUGUCGAAGGCAGACCUGGGAUUGGCAAGUCAACAAUGCUGCUACAUCUAGCUACAGAAGUGAAACAGAAUAACCCAAGCAGCUGGGUUGUACAGAUAGAUCUGAGAGAAUGCUACGAAAAGUUUGAGAAGCAUAUGAGUGCUGAGGAAGUCAGGGAACUUUUCCUGCAGAGUGUAAUGUUCAAUGAAGGGGAACUGGCUGAGCUGGAGUUCAACUUGCUCCAGCACUGUCUUCAGAAGUACAAAAACGUGGUGUGUCUGGUGGAUAACUUCGAGGAAGUGUGUCCAGACUAUGCAGAGGUGUUUUUUCAAGCUCUGAAGCUUGUAUCACCCAACCGAGGCAAACUGGUGGUGACGACGCGGCCGGCUGCUGCAAGGUUGUUGGAAAAUCAUCUGGGAUCACUGGCGCACUUGCUCCCCGCUUUCAGUGAUAGCCAACUCCAAACAUACCUUGACAGGUUUCGACCUAGAGCACUCAGAUGGAGAUUCGACAGCUUAGCGACACCACUCAAGGAUCUACUGAGAAUCCCACUGUAUGCCGAAAUGUACAGGGACCUGAUGGAGGUCGGAACAGAGUCACAUGACACUGUGGCCUUUUGUGAAGUCUUUUUCCACUACAAGUUUGGAAAACUGUAUGUAGAAAACUUUGGGGACAAGUUGUCUGACCCUGGAAAGAGGAAGGAAGUGAAAACGUUAUGGAGGUGCCACGAGGCCAAGCUCAAGCGUUUAGCAGGAUUACUUCUGGUGCGAAACAAAGAAAUCCUUCAGUCACUUAUACAGUCAUCUGGGGGUGACAGUAUUGUAAAAGCUGGAAUAGUGCAUCAGGUGACCGGCGAGAAACUGUUGUUCGAGCAUAGGACGUUUGCCGAAUAUUUCCUCGCAAAGUGGUGUUUCUCAGAUGCCAGCCAAAAGGCCUGUGCAGCAGUGUACAGUACCGCUCAGUCGGGGAGGAACUUGGAGUUUUUUGUGGAGGUGUUUGACCGCAUGGCGAGUCGAGGACGACACCUGCUAAGUUUGUUGCUAGAUGGUGAUGAGAGAAGAGUGAGAACGUUGCUGCAGGCAGGUGUGGGACUGGAAGAGAGGGACAUUUGGGGGCGCAAUGCACUUCACCUCGCAGCUGCCCAAGGAGUCGAAUCAUCACUGCUGCUACUCUUGUGCCAGAAGAUAAAGGCAGCUCUGGCAGAGGAGGAUGGUCUCCUACACUGGACACCACUGCAGUAUGCAGCUAGCAGGGGCCACUGGGACACAGUGGAAACUCUGCUACAGGCUGGUGCUGAUCUGAACCAGUUGGUCAACAUUCAGAACACUGUGUCACUCCUCCUCUUGAGGAACAACUACAGAGUCAAUGGUCUUCUACAGAACUUGCUUGUGAGAAGCAGAGGAAAAUGGUGCUUUCAAGGUGCUGAAUACUCUGGGAGAUCUACAGUAAAGCAGAAAGGAGGAGUGUGAAUGUGGAUACACAGGAGGCUAGGAUUUUAAAGAUUACAAGAACUAGUAUACAACCAGGACAGAGCUUCACGUUGCAAUACAGACUGGUUGUGAAGAGAAAGUCAAAAGCUCACAAUGUGGAGUGCAGACUUAUAUGCACAAGAUGAGAGCGGGGCAACUGCACUACAUUGUGCCGUGUACUUGAAUGGGAUAAAUUGUAUAGAGCUUCUUAUUGGUGCAGGUAUAGAUAUUGGAGUGCAGGAUGGCAAGUGGGUGGGAGACAGCUCUGAAUUAUGCAGUGAAAGUGGAAGUCUCAGAUGAUGUGAAGCUACUCACUGAGGCUGGUGUGUUUCUAGAGGACAGUUAUACAGAUGGACGGACAGUUUGCACUAUGCUGCAGUAGGAAAAGUGCUCAGCUACUGCUAAGUGUGGACGACUUGCACCUCAGUGCAACUCCACUAAAUGCUGCAGCAAAAGCAGACGAUGGUGACAUCAUCAUAAUACUUACUUCAGUUGGUGCAAAUCUUAAGGCAUAUGAUGAUGAUGAUGGAAUGUCAGCUUUGCACUAUGCUGCACUGCAGGGCUGUGUAAAAUGUGUUCAGUUGAUUGCUAGUUCUGAUGCAUAUGCGGAUGUGCAGGAUAAUUUUUGUGAGAUGCCCCUCCAUUACGCGGUAGAUAAGAAAAGUUGAUUACCGGUGCUGGUUCAUAUCUGCAGGUACAUGACGUACAUGGUAAGACAGCUUUACACUAUGCUGCAUGUCGGGAUAGAGUAGAAUAUGCUUCAGUGUCUGUCAGUGAUGACACAGAUGUGAACAUGUGGGACAAAGUCAGUGUGACUCCUCUCCAUUAUGCAACAGAAGAAACUUCCUCACUGUUGAGUUACUUAAUGAGUCCAGUGACCUUCUGCACAUCUGUAACAUGGAUGGAAUAAUGGCCUUGCACUAUGCUGUAAGCUGCAUCCAGCCACCCUGAUUUACGUUUUCUGCGAUCUCCCUAAAUCACUGAAAACAAAUGCCAGAAUGAUUCCUUUGACAGGGUAAGGCCAACUUCUUUCCCCAUCUGUCCCUAAACCGAUGGGACUGAUACUCUUGCUCUUUGGUCCAUUCUCCCAAACUGACCAACCGACCAACCUAUGCUACAUCUUGGGACAGUGCAGAAGGUGCUCAAAUUGUUGUUAGUGAUUUGAUAUACAUAAAUGUGCCAGACAAGGAAAGUGCAAAACCGUUGAACUAUGCAGCAUGUGCACAUAAUGCAGUGUGUGCUUCACUCGCUGCCCUUGCUGGUGUAGAUAUGCAUGUGCAGGACAGAGGAGACCUCACAGCUCUCACUAUGCAGAAUGGAUUUAUUUCGACAACAGUGCUAAUACAAAUGUGAAUAUUCAAGACAAAAAGAUCACAAUGGCAGUGCACUAAGCAGCAGAGUCAGACAACUAAAUUCCUUUCAGGAAGGCCAGACUAAGGGAGGGUGUGGCAGAAUGUGAUGAGCUGCUGGUCACACUGGGUGCACAUUCAGACACCUGAGACAAGUGAGGAACACUGGGCUUCACAAUGUUGUGUCUGCUGGGAAUGUGGCCUAGGACAGAAAUGGUGAGGCAGCACUGCUCUUUGCUGUAUUAGCACACAGCUCAGUGUGCUUCACUCUGCUGCUACAUUCUGUUGCCACAGGUUCAAUGUCUUGAAAAUAGAAGAGGAUAUUAUUCCCAAGAAAAUGCACAAAUAAUUAUGAAAGUAGUUUGCAAAGCAGUUCAUGAUUCUUAUUUUUUCUCGUUACUGCCACUGGUAUUUUCUUUAGUUUCCAAGCACUCUUUAUUGUUUUAGCAUUCAAACAAUGGAAACUCCAGGUCAAAAUAUCAACAAUAUAAGGAAAACAUAGGUUGUUACUCACCAUAAAGAUAGAUCAUUGUGUUGCAUACAGGCACAACAAAAAGACAUUUACACAUUAGCUUUUGGCCAAAGCCUCCACUGGGAAGGGAAAACACACAUAUUAUUCACACAAACAAGCACAUUUCACUCACACAGGACUGCCAUCUCUGGUUACCCAGACUGGAAUUCAGCUGUCACAUAGAACAGAAGCAGCAAUCUGGAUGGGAUGGGAAAGAGAAAGGGUAUAGGAGGAAUUGGGUGUGUGGAAAGAAGAGCCCUGUCUGCCGGAGUUUCAAGGGGCUACACUGCCAACUGACACAGCUUCAGGAGACUGUGGGGCAGGGAUGUGGAGGGGGGGAGGGAGGGGAAAGAGUGAAAAAGGCGAGGAGCUGGGAGAGAUGGGUGGGUGAUUUGACAGAGUGGCAAGCAAAGAGGGUGGGGAGAUGUCAGUAGCGAGGAGGCGAUAGAACGGUUAGGGUGGAAAUUGUUAGAUGGAGGGUGUGGGGACAGUAAGUUACUAUAGUUUGAGGCCAGGAUAACUUAGGGAGCAGAGAAUGUCUUGUAAGUAUAACUCCCAUCUGUGCAGUUCAGGAAAGACUUAUGUUAUCCUUAUAGCACAUACUCCGCUCCCAAAAGUACCCUAGCCUCAGCCUAUGGUAACCUACUGUGCCCACAACCUCCACCCAGCAGUUCCCGCUCCCUCUGUCCUAUCACUCCCCCCUCACCCUCUUUGCGGACUGCACUCUUUCAAGCCCCAACUAUCUUUCCCCUUCCCCACUCUUCUCCUUUUCAGCACCCCCCCCCCCUCCUCCUAUAGUCUACCUACAAUGAAUCCAUUGGCAGUCUAAUCUCUGCUCUUCUCUCCCCCAACCCAUAUCCAUCUAUCCCUUUGCCUCCCCCUUCCCUGCCCCUCCACACUGCUGAUUCCAUGUGACACGGCAGUUGCAUUCUAGUCCAAUCUGCCAGCGAUGGCAGUUUUGUGUGUGUGUGUGUGUGUGUGUGUGUGUGUGUGUCUGUGUGUGUGUGUGUGUGUGUGUGUGUGUGUGUGUGUGUAAAUUUUUCAUUGUGCCUGUCUGUAACACAAUGUGUUAUCUUUGCAGUGAGUCACAAUCUAUCUUUUCCUUAUGUUGUUGUUAUUUUAGCAUGCAACAGCUAAGUACAAAUGAUAAUGAUAAUUUCAUAUGGCUCAAUGGCCUAGUACAUGUCUUUCAAUUGGACACCACUUUUGUUGACUUUGAUGUCCCAAACUUACCCUAGUAGUCCUACUAGGGAAAGGCAAUGUACAGUGUAAUAUGGAAUCUGAAUCACAUGUAAUUCCUGGCAAAUCUUCACAUAAUUCAGAGGUUAAGGCUUGGUUAAAGGUAAACUGAAGAAAUCUGCGAUCUGAAUGGUCUUGAAGUCAAAUAAGCACAACUGAUGUAGCUCCACACAUAGACAAUAAUAAGUCAACAUGUGUGGGGUUCUUUGGGUUCCAUGUGAAUAAGUUAAAUUGAGUUGACACAUAGAUAAACUAAUAAAAAUGAUCAAACAUACAUGUUAUCCUCUUAAAAAGCAUCUCUCAUUGUAUUGGACUGCAGGUAGGCUACUAUAAAAACUGGUUUCCUAAGAAAGUAAUCUGUGGAAGCAGAUUAAAUGCUCCUAACCAUGAGUUGCAAAUGGAAUUAGAAUAUUAUGUAAAACUUAAAGAAGACCCAACUUGGCAUCAAGGCAUGUAGAUGAUACAAGGGAUAAAUCAAACUACAAACUAUGCUGUAAAAUUUUAAUUAAAGUCAUCAGAUCAUCAAAAUGUAUGUACUUUUUAAGGAAAAAUGAGUUCAUCUAGUAACAAGAUAAGAACUCAUCAGGUUACCCUACAUUCCAAGGCUGUUGCACGAGGUGACUGUUAUAUUGUAAAUAAUAGAUUUCAGCUAUCUGUCGUCCUUUUGAAAUUUUAUUGGCAGAUCUAGAUUUCAGCUAAAAACUAGCCAUUCUCAAUGUACUAUUAUUUUUGAUCAAUGUUUGUAAUGCCUGUUGGUCGGGCUUCAUCCACAGUUGAUUGAAUACUAAUUAGUAUUCAAUGAACUGUGGAUGAAGCCCGACCAACAGGCAUUACAUGUAUUGAUCAAAAAUGAUACUGCAUUGAGAAUGAGAAUGGCUAGUUUCGAGUUGAAAUCUAGAUCUGCCAAUAAAAGUUCAAAAGGACGACUGAUAGCUGAAAUCUAUUAUUUACAAGCCAAGAUAAGAACUACUUGCCACAUAGGAAGAAAUAAGACAGGAGAAAUGAACCAAGACAAUGAAGACGCCAAAAUUGCAGGAACUUUUAAUAACAUGUUACUGACAGUAGUGGAUAAUUCAUGUUGGAACACUCCCUUAGCAUAUAACUUACAGUUCCUAAGAAAAGGCUUCCAAAGCAAGUUUCAUAAAAUUCAACUUCAGACUACAUCUCAAAAAGAACUGUUUGAAGUUAUCAGUUCUCUUAAAAAAUAAAUAAAUUCAGAGUGGAAAAUCCAGGAUGGAAUGUAAAAAUAUUAGAGAAGGAAAAUUGCUACUCACCAUAUAGCGGAGGUGGUGAGUCACAAUAGGCACAACUGGAAGAUUCACACAGUUAUAGCUUUCGGAAGGCCUUUGUCAGCAAUAGACACACACACACACACACACACAAAUGCAAAUGCAAAUGCAAAUGCAACUUGCACACCCAAAACAUGUUGUUUCAGUUGUCGAAGACUGCAGAUGUGUGUGCAAGUUGUGUUUGUAUGUGUGUGUGUGUGUGUGUGUGUGUGUGUGUGUGUGUGUGUGUGUGUGUAUGUGUGUGUGUGUGUUUGUUGAUGACAAAGGCCUUAAUAGCUGAAAGCUACAAUUGUGUGAAUCUUUUUGUUGUGCCUAUCGUGACUCAGCAUCUCUGCUAUAUGGUGAGUAGCAACUUUCCUUCUCUAAUAUUGUUAAAUUCCAAUUGGUUAUAAUAAAAUCAGUAGUAAAAUAAUGAAAUGUUGUUCAGCUCAACUUAGUAAUGUAUUGAGUUACUUAUCUAAUGAAUCUUUUCACAAUGGUACUUUCCCAGAGAGACUUACACACCACUGUCAAGUGACUUCACAAAUAAGUAGACAGAAUCCUCUGUAUCCUUUUCCCUGAUAGUGAGAUUUGCCUCCCUCAAGGGUGACCCAUAUCUGGUGUUUUAGCACCAAUUUAGCUAAAGUCUUUGUGCUCUGACCUCUGCCUUCCUCUAUCAAACACGUUUCAUUGGACCAAAGGAAAGAAUAGAUCCACCACAUUUCCACAUUUCUUUCUCCCAGUUCUCAGUGAAUUUCCUAGUUGAACAGUAAUCUAUACUGAUAUGUCUUAGGUUGUGCCUUUGCAAAUUCUAGGUGUAGCAUUUUUACAACAGAAUUAGUGGCCAUUAUCCAAGCCUUCCAUUACACCUGCACUCACAGUUGUGAAAAUGUCCUAAUCUGUAGUGAAUCCAAGUAGCCUGCAGGGCAUAAGCCAAUUCUGUCCUUAGAAUUCAUUAGUUUCAAACAUACAUGAUCUUUUCUCUUGCUCCCACAAUACUGGGAGCUUGAUUUUAUUCCUCUGGACCCCAAGUCAUGUUGGGAUCCUGGGAAACAAUCUUGCAGACUGGUUACCAACUACUGGAGGCUUGGAACAAGGAAAGUCUUCCUGUGGCCACCAGGAACAGCCUAUGUACCAUACAGGGGUCUAUAGCCACAUGGUGAUAAUUGUAUGAAAGUAAACAUAAUUUGAUACAGACAUGUGACAUGCCAUUUUGUUAAAUGAAAAAAAAAAAAAUGUAUGCGCCAAUAAUAUUGCUAAAUUUUUAGAAAUAAAAAUAGAAUUUUACUUGUUUCUGAUAUCAUUUUUGUACUAAAUUUUAAGUAAUUGUUAAUAUUUGCAUUUUCAUGCACACAGUAAAUAAAA